GGAAGUUCAAACUUUUCUGAAAGCGGAGUUUCUGAAAGCGGCGUGUUGACGCAUGAAAAUAUGUUCCUCUUUGCGUAAAAAGGCACAUCGCCUCUGGAAAUGCAGCAUUCAUAACACACUUGUAGAGAAGCUUUUAUCUAGUAGUUACGUUUUUUCCGUUUAUUGGAUAUCAUUAUUGCAUUUACUUGACAACAUGUCAGAAGUCUUCAUUAUAGAUCUAAUUCACUGUCGGUGUCCGCAGCACAGCUCGUGCGUGGAGAGGCAAGUAAAAAGCGUCACAGGUAGGAGCGAUGUCGGCUUUCAAAUAUAUCUACUAUUCGGACCACACGGUCAACGUUGUAAUCCAAACGGCGAGAACAAGGUGUCUUUGCUGGAAACGUUUUUCAGUCAGAAGACAAACGUCCACGUAUUGGACUACACCACUGUUACGGAGUCUUGGUACCGUUUCAAACUAGCGGUGGACCAACUGGACUUGCGAACGGUUCGGGUGUUCACCUCAAAAAACAGGAGACCGAUGUUUGAAGCAUACAUUGUGCAACUUUUCACGGAGGUGUAUACAUUUGAGUACGUCACAUCCAAUGACCGCCCGUGCCCUGGUCAUGUGCAAUGCGACUCACCUUUAGCUCCACCUGUCAGUGAGGUCAGAGAGGAGGUCAGAAGCUUUCUGCAGCAGUUACCUGCUAAAGGAGACAUCACCAUACUGAGGUCCACUUUCAUUUCAGACUGUUUCUCCCAUGGGUUCACCACACGUACAGGAGGUAUUUCCUCCAUCUCCACCCUCUCCUCUCUCAACCUGUUCAGUAGCUCCAGACGCAGAGACCCCAGGACCCUCGUAGCCGAGAACAUCCGCCGACUAGCCCAAAAGGCUGGGUUCUUCCCCCGACUCCUGCACCUGGUGAAGGUGAACCACGGCAGUGACGUAUGGGUGAUGGGAAAGGAAGAGGAGCCACACGACUAUGAUGGCAUCGUAACCAAUCAGAGAGGUGUUGUCAUAGCUGCGCCAGGAGCUGAUUGCAUGCCCCUCCUCUUCACUGACCCCGUGGCCAGGGUCAUCGGAGUAGCUCACGCUGGAUGGAAAGGAACCCUGAUGGGUGUUGCCAUGGCUACAGUCAACGCCAUGGUGAUGGGAUUCGGCAGCAGGGCGUGUGACGUCACCGUGGUGAUUGGGCCGUCGGUGGGGGCCUGUUGCUUUACACUGGAGAGAGAGCAGGCUGCAGACUUCUACUCUAUCCACCCUGAUUGUGUUCCUGACAUGGCCGAGACCAGGCCUCAUGUCAACAUACGACUAGCCACCAGAAUACUUCUCCAGAGGGAAGGGGUCCUGCCUGAGCAUAUCCAUGAUGACACAGUGACUGACAGGCCGAGCGUGACCCUGUGCACCUCCUGUCACCCUGAGGCCUUCUUCUCCCGCGUCAGGGAUGGGCUUGACUUCGGAACACAGAUGGGCUUCCUGUGGAUGGACGAAACAGGAACUACUGACUGUUUCAGUAGUUCAGAACACUGAAUUAAUUUAUGUACAUUACCAGUCAAAAGUUUUAGAACACCUACUCAUUUCAGGGUUUUUCUUUAUUUGGACUAUUUUCUACAUUGUAGAAUAAUAGUGAAUACAUCAAACCUAUGAAAUAA